UGCUAACUUCAUCUUCUAGAGUUGGGCAGAAAAUGUACUCGGCCAUCUUUCUCUGCAACUCUCACCUUCCGGUUCGUCUCUUAACCGGUCCAACAGUAAAAAAUGCCUUACCUAGUUUAAGAUUGGGAAGUAAAAGUUUGAAACUCUACGCAAAUGCAAACGAGGUGGAGACGCGGACUGCAGAGGAAUCCCAAGAAGAGGUUAAAGUGGAGCAGGAAGGCAAGGAAACAAGCAAAGCUUCUACCAGUUCAUCUCCCUCUGCUGCUCCAAUUGACAAGGAUCUGAAAAAGGUUGUUCAGAAGACAGCUGCAACAUUUGCCCCCAGAGCAUCUACAGCUACCAAAAACCCUGCUGUGCCUGGAACUGCCUUAUACACUAUUUUUGAGGUUCAAGGAUACGCUUCAAUGUUAUUAGGAGGAGUUCUAUCUUUCAAUCUUAUAUUCCCAUCAAAUGAACCAGACAUUUGGAGAUUAAUGGGGAUGUGGUCCAUAUGGAUGUUUACAAUUCCUUCCCUUAGAGCUCGAGACUGCUCAAAUAAAGAGAAAGAAGCUCUUAACUAUCUGUUCCUCCUCAUUCCAUUAAUCAAUGUCAUCAUCCCUUUCUUUUGGAAGUCCUUUGCAGUUGUUUGGUCAGCUGACACCUUAGCCUUCUUUGGAAUGUAUGCGUGGAAGCUCGGGUGGCUACAAAGAAAUGAGUAGAGUCCUCGCAACCCCCUUCCCAUUUUUUGUAUAUGGGUGGAAUCCCUCAGUGCCUUGUUUAUAAUAUAUACACACAUGUUUGCUGCAAAAUUUGCACAAAGCUUAGUUUUGUAGUGAAAUGCACAGAGAUUGGAAUGUUAUGUAAUUGAUAGGGGAACCAAUUGCCUCACAGAUACAAGCAGAUACACCAUCUUGUCAUCUUGGCAAAUUAUCAAUUUGAUAAGUAGUUAUCUUUUCUUGUGGCUU